AUGACACAAAAAGAAAAAGAUGACCUAUGUGAUGGUAGAAACUUUCAAAGUACUUUAGAACAAAUUCAAUUCAUUGAUAAACGAAAUCAAUCACCAUCACUAAAACGUUAUCGCACAAACGGAAGUGAAUUACAAUAUGAACAAAAUUAUGAAUAUGAAAAUAAUAACGAUGGUUAUAUUGAACAAACACAUAAAUCAAGAUAUAAGAAAAGAAACAACUACUCAAGAUUGGAUCAAACAUCAUCAACAAGCAGCAGAAUUUACACAAACUCAAACACAAAUUCGAACAAAAACGGAAACAAAGCUGGUCAACAACAACAUCAUACAGCAUCGAAUAUUAAUGCAUCAAAGGAAAAUUGUUAUGAAUAUGAUCAAAAUAUAUUUCCGAUCUCAAAUCAAGCAUUGAGUUAUGCUGCAACAACUCAUCUCCAACAUAUUAAACUUGAAUGUGAACCAAAAUUAAAAGAACAAAAACUAGCAGUAAAAUUCAUUCAACAAUUCUUUAAGUUUAUUGAAAAAGCAUUUCGACAACAAAAUAUUACUUAUCAAAAAGCUAUUGGUUUUGAACAAUGGUGGAUCGACAAAAACGGUGAUAUACAAGGUGUAACAAAUGAAAUUGAUUUAUAUGUAUUUUUAUGCAAUAUUGAACGUUAUCCUAAAGAAGUUGAAAAUAUUAAAAUUACUCCUCAUCCACCAAAACGUUUACCAACACAAAGAUCCAUCAUUAUUAAAUGGAUAAAAAAUACAAUAACGAAUGAUGAAAUAAAAGAAGAAUUAGAAAUAAAAUAUAAAUCUAUUUAUGCACUCGAAGAUAUUAUUGGUACAUUAAAUCUUAGAAACAGACAUGUUCGUAUUGAUUUGCAAGAUGAAAAGGAAUACAAUAAAAUUUUAAGAAGUGGAAAAUUAACAAUAUUUGGACAAUUAAUUGAAUGUGACGAAUAUCUUCCUGCCCCCAAACUAUUGAUUUGUUCAAAAUAUCGAAACGAUAAUAAUGAUCACAAAUCAUGUGAAAUAAAGUGUCACCACUGUGGUGGUGCUCACACUUCCACUGAUUAUUUUUGUCCAGUUAUACAAAAGUUCCGUUAUGAACUAAUAAAUGAAUUAAAAACUCGUCCUGAUUUACUUCCAACUGCAACACAAUUAUUUAUACCUACGGACUGUCGUGAACACGGCUCAAAGAUAAAAGUUUUAGAAAAUAAAUUAACACAAAAUCAAAUAUCAAAUAAGAACCAACAUCAGCUAAUAGUUCAUCAUUCUAAUUUUGCAGAUCAAAGUCAAUGGCCAUCAUUACCAUCCGCAUCAUUAUAUUCAUCAACAACAUCUUUAAAUGAUAAUUUAAUUGAAACAACUAAAUCACUUAGUAAUGAGCUAAAAAUUAUAAAAGAAAAUUAUGCUGCUGAACAAAAACGAUUGGAAGAACGAUACAAUAAUCAUUUGAAUCUAAUGAACCAAAGCUGGUUAAUAAUGCAACAGCAAAUGCAAACCCAAACAGAAAUGCUAAACACAAUGGAUGGUAUUAUUAACUCAAUAUUAUUUACUUCAUGUGCAAAUGUAAUGGAAGUUCUGACGCAGACUGUACUCAAAUUAUUAAACGAAAAUAAUCAUACAGAACUUAAUCCAAUACUUGCUCUAUUACAACAGCAAACCCUUUACAUGAAUGAUAAAAAAUCCAUUUACACCUCGCAUCAGAUCAAACUAAAUAUGCUAGUCGAAAAACAGCGCGAAGCACUAAAAUCAGCAUUAAAUACAAUAAUUAAACAACCAAAUGUACAAUAA